AAGACUAUCCUUUUCCCAAGUUGUAGCGUUUUUAUAAAAACCCAUAAGCUGUGGAAGUGGCCUGGGCCUCCCUAUACUGUGAGAUCCUUGGUACUAGCUGUAUAUUUUUACAUCCUGAAAAUUUUCUGGAGUAGGAGCUAUUAGUCUGUUUUUACAGACAGGGAAACUGAGGCUGGGUCCAAAUGCCUGCCCAAGGUCGUUAUAAUGAGCAGAAAGGUGGAGAUGGGAUUGGCACUGAGAACUUGAACUCAAGAGCCCACACACUUAAACCUCCUGGGAGAUGUUCCGUAUUUUAUCCCCAGCAUGCAAGAAAGAAAGAAUGAAUGACUGUCUCAGGCAAGGCUCCCAGCAACCGGUGGAGCUUGGACAAGCCCACUGCUCUGCAUGGGGGUGUACGCCCUCUUUGCGCAUGCGUACCUCCUGCGUAUGGCCGGCUCUACUCCAUUUGGUAAGGGCUCUCUCAGCAUGGUACGUCCCGCCUUCCCCCAUAACCGGGCCAGAAUGGUACGUGCCACCCCUGCUCGCUGCCCCUCCCCAUCGGUUUCCGCGCGAAAAGCCAGAGCUGCCUGUGCUGCCGACGCCUCUGCUGCAGCUUCGGAGAUGCCUGCCCGUACCGCUCCGGCCCGGGUGCCCACGCUGGCCUCCCGGGCCAUCUCACUGCCCGACGAUGUCCGCAGGCGGCUCAAAGAUUUGGAAAGAGAUAGUUUAACAGAAAAGGAGUGUGUGAAGGAGAAAUUGAAUCUCUUGCAUGAAUUUCUGCAAACAGAAAUAAAGAACCAGUUAUGUGACUUGGAAACAAAAUUACAUAAAGAAGAAUUAUCAGAGGAGGGCUACCUGGCUAAAGUCAAAUCCCUUCUAAAUAAAGAUUUGUCCUUGGAGAACGGAGCUCAUGCUUUCAGUCGGGAAGUGAAUGGAUGUCUAGAAAACGGGAGCCAUUCGCGUGGUAAGGACCGCAGAGUGGGAAUGGCAGAGGAAAACAAGUCCCCCAAACCCGUGUCCAAACCUUGCAUGCCCAGGAGAAGCAAGUCCGAUGGAGAGACGAAGUCUGAAGUCUCACCUAGCCCCAGGAUUACAAGGCAAACUACCAGGCAGACCACUAUCACCUCUCAUUUUGCAAGGGGCCCUGCCAAACGGAAACCCGAGGAAGACCCUGAAAGAGUCAAAUUGGACGAUUCUGUUCACGAAGAAGAGAAAGACCAGGAGGAAAAGAGACGUCGAGUUAUAUCCAAAGACCCAGUUGCUAGACCACUCCCUGCAGAAGAACCAGAAAGAGUAAAACCAGGAACACACACGGAAGAGGAAGAAGAAAGAGAUGAAAAAGUAAAGCCUGGUCACCUCCAAGAAAAGAGACUCAGAAGUCAAAUCAAAGAACUAACACCUAAACAGAAAGCUAAGGAGGAGCCGGACAGAGAAGCAAGACCAGGAUUUCAGGCUGAAGUGGAUGAAGAUGAGAAAGAUGAAAAGAGGCACAGAAGCCAACCCAAAGAUCUAGCUGCCAAACGGAGACCUGAAGAAAAAGAACCUGAAAGAGUAAAACCACAAGUUUCUGAUGAAAAAGAUGAGGAUGAAAAGGAGGAGAAGAGGCGCAAAACUACAUCCAAAGAACCAACGGAGAAGAAAAUGGCUCGAACCAAAACAGUAAUGUCCUCCAAGACCCAUCCUCCGAGGUGCAUUCAGUGUGGACAGUACCUGGAUGACCCCGAACUAAAAUAUGAACAUCAUCCUCCUGAUGCAGUAGAUGAGCCACAGUUGUUGACAAACGAGAGACUGUCCAUCUUUGAUGCCAAUGAAUCUGGCUUUGAGAGUUACGAGGCUCUUCCCCAACACAAACUGACAUGCUUCAGCGUGUACUGUAAACGUGGUCACCUGUGCCCAAUCGACACUGGCCUCAUUGAGAAGAAUGUUGAACUCUUCUUUUCUGGUUCAGCAAAACCAAUAUAUGAUGAUGACCCAUCUCUUGAAGGUGGUGUUAAUGGCAAAAACCUUGGCCCCAUAAAUGAAUGGUGGAUCACUGGCUUUGAUGGAGGUGAAAAGGCUCUCAUUGGCUUCAGCACCUCCUUUGCCGAAUACAUCCUGAUGGAUCCCAACCCAGAGUACGCACCGAUGUUCAGUGUGAUGCAGGAGAAGAUCUACAUAAGUAAGAUAGUCGUCGAGUUCCUGCAGAACAACCCUGACUCGACCUAUGAAGACCUGAUCAAUAAGAUCGAGACCACUGUUCCCCCUUCGGUGCUCAACCUGAAUCGAUUCACCGAGGAUUCACUCCUUCGACAUGCCCAGUUCGUGGUGGAACAAGUAGAGAGUUAUGAUGAGGCUGGGGACAGUGAUGAGCAGCCCAUCUUCCUGACCCCCUGCAUGAGAGACCUGAUCAAGUUGGCGGGGGUCACCCUGGGGAAAAGGCGAGCUGAAAGACGUCAGACGAUCAGGCAUUCCACCAAGGAGAAGGACAGAGGCCCCACGAAAGCCACCACCACCAAGCUGGUCUACCAGAUCUUCGACACUUUCUUCGCAGAACAAAUCGAAAAGGAUGACAGAGAAGACAAGGAGAAUGCCUUCAAACGCCGACGGUGUGGCGUUUGCGAGGUUUGCCAGCAGCCCGAGUGUGGAAAGUGUAAAGCCUGUAAAGAUAUGGUUAAAUUUGGUGGUAGUGGACGGAGCAAACAGGCUUGCCAAGAGAGGAGGUGUCCCAAUAUGGCCAUGAAGGAGGCAGAUGAUGACGAAGAAGUGGAUGACAAUAUUCCAGAGGUGCCAUCACCCAAAAAAAUGCAUCAGGGGAAGAAAAAGAAACAGAACAAGAACCGGAUCUCUUGGAUUGGAGAUGCCGUUAAGACUGAUGGCAAGAAGACUUACUAUAAGAAGGUAUGCAUUGACUCAGAAACCCUGGAAGUGGGGGACUGUGUCUCUGUUAUUCCAGAUGACUCCUCAAAACCACUGUACUUAGCAAGGGUCACGGCAUUGUGGGAGGACAACAGCCAAGGGCAAAUGUUUCAUGCCCACUGGUUCUGCGCCGGCACAGACACAGUCCUUGGGGCCACAUCGGACCCCCUGGAGCUGUUCCUGGUAGACGAGUGUGAGGACAUGCAGCUGUCAUACAUUCAUAGCAAGGUGACGGUCGUCUAUAAAGCUCCGUCGGAAAACUGGGCCUUGGAGGGAGGCAUGGAUCCUGAGGCCCUGACGGCAGAGGACGAUGGAAAGACCUAUUUCUACCAGCUGUGGUACGAUCAAGACUAUGCAAGAUUUGAGUCCCCUCCAAAAACUCAACCAACAGAGGACAACAAGUACAAGUUCUGCGCAUGCUGUGCCCGUCUGGCUGAAAUAAGGCAAAAGGAAUUUCCCAGGGUCAUGGAGCAGCUCGAGGACCUGGACGGCCGGGUUCUCUACAGCUCAGCCACCAAGGAUGGCAUCCAGUAUCGAGUGGGUGACGGCGUGUACCUCCUUCCUGAGGCCUUCACAUUCAACAUCAAGCUGUCCAGUCCUGUGAAACGCCCACGGAAGGAUCCUGUGGAUGAAGAUCUAUACCCGGAACACUACCGGAAAUACUCUGACUACAUCAAAGGCAGCAACCUGGAUGCCCCUGAGCCAUACCGAAUUGGCCGCAUCAAAGAGAUCUUCUGUGUCAAGAAGUGCAAUGGCAGGCCCAAUGAGACAGACAUCAAGAUCAGAGUGAACAAGUUCUACAGGCCAGAGAAUACGCACAAGUCCACCCCGGCAAGUUACCACGCAGACAUCAACUUGCUGUACUGGAGCGACGAGGAGGCCUUGGUGGACUUCAAGGCCGUGCAGGGCCGCUGCACCGUGGAGUAUGGGGAGGACCUGCCCGGGUGCCUGCAGGACUUCUCAGCCGGAGGCCCAGACCGCUUCUACUUCCUUGAGGCCUAUAAUGCCAAGAGCAAAAGCUUUGAAGAUCCUCCCAACCAUGCCCGUAGCCCUGGAAAUAAAGGGAAAGGGAAGGGAAAAGGAAAAGGCAGGGCAAAGUCUCAGACACGUGAGCCAAGCGAACCCGAGGCAGAAAUUCCGCUGCCGAAACUGCGGACCCUGGAUGUGUUUUCUGGCUGCGGGGGGUUGUCGGAAGGAUUCCACCAAGCAGGCAUCUCAGAAACUCUGUGGGCCAUUGAGAUGUGGGACCCUGCAGCCCAGGCGUUUCGGCUGAACAAUCCUGGGUCCACGGUGUUCACGGAGGACUGCAACGUCCUGCUGAAGCUGGUCAUGGCCGGGGAGGUAACCAACUCCCGCGGCCAGAAGCUGCCUCAAAAAGGAGACGUGGAGAUGCUGUGCGGUGGGCCACCCUGCCAAGGCUUCAGCGGCAUGAACCGCUUCAAUUCUCGUACCUACUCCAAGUUCAAGAAUUCUCUGGUGGUCUCCUUCCUCAGCUAUUGUGACUACUACCGGCCACGGUACUUCCUCCUAGAGAACGUCAGGAACUUUGUAUCCUUCAAGCGUUCCAUGGUCCUGAAGCUGACUCUCCGCUGCCUGGUCCGCAUGGGCUAUCAGUGUACCUUCGGCGUAUUGCAGGCUGGUCAGUAUGGCGUGGCCCAGACGCGGAGGCGGGCCAUCAUCCUGGCCGCGGCCCCUGGGGAGAAGCUCCCCCUCUUCCCAGAGCCACUGCACGUGUUCGCACCCCGGGCCUGCCAGCUGAGUGUCGUCGUGGAUGACAAGAAAUUUGUCAGCAACAUCACCAGGUUGAGCUCAGGUCCGUUCCGAACCAUCACCGUGCGUGACACGAUGUCUGACCUCCCUGAGAUCCGGAACGGAGCUUCAGCGCUGGAGAUCUCAUACAAUGGGGAGCCUCAGUCCUGGUUCCAGAGGCAGCUCCGGGGCUCGCAGUACCAGCCCAUCCUCAGGGACCACAUCUGUAAGGACAUGAGUGCGUUGGUCGCCGCCCGCAUGCGGCACAUCCCCCUGGCGCCAGGCUCAGAUUGGCGCGACCUACCAAACAUCGAGGUGCGACUGUCUGAUGGCACCAUGACCAGGAAGCUGCGGUACACCUACCACGACAAGAAGAAUGGCUGCAGUAGCACUGGGGCCCUCCGUGGGGUCUGCUCCUGCGUGGAAGCAGGCAAAGCCUGCGACUCCACAGCCAGACAGUUCAACACACUCAUCCCCUGGUGCUUGCCCCACACCGGGAACAGGCACAACCACUGGGCUGGCCUCUACGGACGGCUCGAGUGGGACGGCUUCUUCAGCACGACUGUCACCAACCCUGAGCCCAUGGGCAAGCAGGGUCGCGUGCUCCACCCUGAGCAACACCGUGUUGUGAGCGUUAGGGAAUGUGCCCGCUCCCAGGGCUUCCCGGACACCUACAGGCUGUUUGGCAACAUCCUGGACAAGCACCGGCAGGUGGGUAACGCCGUGCCGCCACCCCUGGCCAAGGCCAUUGGCUUGGAGAUCAAGUGCUGUAUGUUGGCCAAAGCUCGAGAGAGUGCCUCAGUUAAAACCAAGGAAGAGAAAACUACCAAGGACUAGUUUCGCCCUCCUGUCGCCCUUGUUUCUGGUACCAGGGAUCCCCACCAUGCACUGAUGUUGUAUUUUUAACGUUGAAUUCUGUCAGUUCUAAUGUGUCGUACACGGUGUUUGUGGCCUUGGCUGACAUGAAGCUGUUCGGUAAGGUUUGCUUAUCAACUAAUGACUUAGUGGUCACAUUGUGCAGUACUUUGUGCAUUCUGGAUUUUAAAAGUUUUUUAUUAUGCAUUGUAUCAAAUCUACCACUGUAUGAGUGGAAAUUAAGACUUUAUGUAGUUUUUAUAUGUUGCAAUAUUUCUUCAAAUAAAUCUCUCCUAUAAAUCA